CCUGUUGGUGCCAACUCCCUCUAUCAACUUUCCUGAGACAAAAGCUCCUUUUGUGGCGGUGGAAAAACAACAUGGCAGAAUUUGCCGUCCAGUCCGAAGGAAGAAGCGAGGGGAUUGUGAUUAAAGAUGACUGGCCAGGCUACAGUUUAGAUCUCUUCAGCUAUCCAGCACACUACUCCGGAGAUUUAGACUGUGUCAUCAUCCCGCAUGGCGUGAUUAUGGACAGAACAGAACGUCUCGCUAGAAACAUCAUGGAUGACCUGGGGAACCACGCCAUUGUGGUCCUGUGCGUGCUGAAAGGAGGUUACCAGUUUUGUGCCGACCUGGUGGACAGGAUCAAGGACCUUAGCCACAACUCCAACCGCACAAUCCCCAUGACGGUACACUUCAUUCGUCUCAAGAGUUACUUGAAUGACGAGUCAACAGAGGAUCUUCACAUCCUCGGAGGAGAGGACUUGUCUUUAUUAGCUGGAAAGAAUGUUCUGGUUGUGGAGGGCAUUGUAGGCACCGGAAAGACGAUGAAGACUCUCCUGAAGCACGUCGAAGCCUUCGGGCCCAAAAUGAUCAAAGUAGCAGGAUUGCUGGUGAAGAGAGUGCCGCAUAGCUCAGCAUGUGUUCCUGACUAUGUCGGCUUUGAGAUACCCAAUCGUUUUGUGGUUGGAUAUGCUUUAGACUACAAUGAGUAUUUUAGAGAUCUCAGUCACAUUUGCGUGAUCAGCGACACCGGGAAGAUGAAAUAUAAGAUUUAAAGAGAGGGCCGGCGAUAGAGGCGACUGUCGAGCAGAUGUCAUCGGACAGCAAGCCCAGACACUUCCUGUGAGAUGCCAUUGACUUACAGCUGCUAUGGUGACAUCUGAUCCCAAUCAUGCCUGCGUUGUUAUAACAUUCCUGGUUCCGAACAUGUUAACAUUUUUAACAACACACACUGCAACAUUUAACUGGAGAUUUGAACACAAAAAGCGCAUGCUUGAGGAUAAGUCGGAGCUUUGUUGCUUUGACACAGGUGAUUCAGGUUUAAAACGUGUAGUGUUAAGUGGGGGGAAUGCUGUUCUAACUCUAUAUCUAAAGCAUCCAAUCAUCCCAGGUGUACUGCUUCUUUUAUGAAAUGUAAAGCAUUCAAUAACCACUGCAUGUGAGGAAUACCAACAAAACCUAAAAUGAAAGGAAGUUGGGUUUUUUUUAAUUUGUUCUCCACCUGUGCGAUGCCUUUUUAAAGUUUCAUCUGAUUUUCCAUCACUUUUAACACACAGGGGAGAAACAGUUCAAGUCUUGUCAACACUAAGUGCCAUUACUACCUCCUUUGUGUGUGUGUUUGCUUGUUUUUUCACUUGCUGUAGAGUACUUUUGUCAUUUCUCUGUAUCAGUUUAUGUUCUA